CCACGAGACCCCCCCCCGCGCGGGCUCUGAGCGGCCGCGGGUUCGAGUCCCGCGCGGGCGGGCUCCGCCACUUCAGAGCGGGCGGGGAAAGAGGCGCUUUCGGGUGGCGCGGAAACCCGACGGGGCGCCGUCCGCUAGAAGGAGACGCCGUGGCGGGCCGCGCUGGAAGUGAGCUGGGAGGCGAGAGCGAUGGCUGAGCGAGCCACUCGGGAGAGUGGCCUUUGGAUUACAAGCGUAUUCAGGAAGGCAUUUUCUAAUUGACCUGUCUGUGAAUAGUAGAAUCCAGGAAGAUUGUAUAAGAAUCUGGGUACCUGAGUAACUUCAAGAUCGUCUACCCCACACAACUCAUUUCUGAUGAUAAACUCUGUUUCUUUACAUUGAAGGAGCAUUUUCCCCACAUGCAGAACUGAAAUCUUGGAAUGCUUUAUUAUGGCAGCAGCUGUACAGCAGAAUGACCUAAUGUUUGAAUUUGCCAGUAAUGUUAUGGAGGAUGAGCAACAGCUGGGUGAUCCAUCAAUCUUUCCUGCUGUCAUUGUGGAACAUGUACCCAGUGCAGAUCUCCUGAACAAUUACUCUGGUUUGUCCUGUGUUGCUGAACCCAGCGACAUGAUAACAGAGAACUCGCUGGAUGUUGCAGAAGAAGAAAUUAUAGAAGAUGAUGAUAUCACCCUUACAGUUGAAGCGUCUUGUCAGAAUGGGGAUGAAACAAUGCAAACCAUCGAAGCUGCUGAAGCUCUUCUUAAUAUGGAUUCUCCUGGCCCAAUGCUGGAUGAGAAGAGAUCAACCCAUGGGUUUGGGAUGGAGGAGGAUGUUGACCUUGGUCCUAUAACUCAUGUGUCAGUCACACUAGAUGGGAUUCCAGAGGUGAUGGAGGUUCACCAAAUCCAAGAUGCAUUUGCUGAAUCACCAAGCACUCUAGCACUUGAGCAACCAAAAAAGAGAAAAGGGAAGAAACCCAAAGCUCCGCGACCAGAAUCUCCUACUCUGACUCCAAACAUAUCAGUGAAAAAGAAAAGCAAAGAUGGGAAGGGAAACACAAUUUACCUUUGGGAGUUCUUGCUAGCUCUGCUUCAGGACAAAGCCACUUGUCCGAAGUACAUAAAAUGGACUCAGAGGGAAAAGGGCAUUUUUAAGCUUGUGGAUUCCAAGGCCGUGUCAAGGUUGUGGGGAAAGCACAAAAACAAACCCGAUAUGAAUUAUGAAACAAUGGGCAGGGCUCUCAGAUAUUAUUACCAAAGAGGCAUUCUGGCCAAAGUAGAAGGACAACGUUUGGUGUAUCAGUUUAAAGAAAUGCCAAAAGACCUUGUUUACAUAGAUGAUGAAGAUCCAAGUUUGAGUACAGAUUCCCCCGAUUCAUCUUUACAAUCAGCACCUGCUGGUAAUAGAAACCAAAUGGGCAGGUCUAAAACGUCUUCAAACAUGGCACAAAAAGGAACAUCUGCUGCUGUUUUAAAGACUCCAGUCAGCUCCAAGUCUGCCAGGCUUAAGCAGCCCAUUGAAAAUUUUCAACAGCAGCUGCCCACCGUGACAUCAGAAGUGUUGAGGAUGGUGCAGCCUAGUCAGCCAGUCCAUCCAACUCAGCUUUAUCGGACAGUACAUUUAAUGCACCCCGUGCAACCCAUUCCAGAAGGAAACACAGCUGUGAGCAGUAACAUGCUGGAGGAGAACAUAAGGACUAUCCAAGCCCCAAGCCAAGUUCCGGUUGUUGUGUCCCCAGGGAAUCACCAGCAGCUGCAUACAGUAACACUCCAGACAGUGCCUCUAACCACAGUGAUAGCCAGCACAGAUCCAACAUCCACCACAACACCCCAAAAGUUUAUUCUACAAGCCAUCCCAACUUCACAGCCCAUGACUGUGCUUAAAGAGAACAUUAUGCUGCAGUCUCCCAAGCCAGUCUCUCCUCCUUCAUCCAUUGUCUUCAGUCCUGCUCAGGUUCACCAAGUUCUCACCAGCAACGUGCAGACCAUUUGCAAUGGAACAGUCAACAUGGCUUCUUCUCCAUCCUUCAACACUGCUACCCCCGUGGUAACUUUUACGCCCAGCAAUUCACACGUUGUUGCUCAGCCGUCCAACACUGUGAUCACUUCCGUCAUUAAAGCUCCAGAAACGAAACCAACUGUUAUACAAGGAGUGAUAAAAUCAGAGGCAGAGGAUAACACAGUGGAAGAAUGCAAACACUCAGAGCAAGGCUUCCAACAGCAGCCUUUGAUGGCGGUGGUAUCCAACUCCAAUGGAUUUCCCUCUUCUGUGCAAAUUAAGCAAGAAAGUGAACAGCUGGAGCAAAGUUCAUACAAGUAAAGGUUUUUUGUGUGUGAUGGGACUUCAUCAGCUGUUUAUGUAUCAUUUGAUUCCAAAGCAGGCAUUACAAAGCUACUUUAAUUUCUGAAAUUAAUUUAGAAGUAAUACGAUACACUUAAUUUCAGUGUUUUGUUUGCUAAAUGAUAUAAAAUAUUACUGUUUAAAAAUGCAAGCUUGAAGGAAUAUGGCAUUUAUCUUUUUUAGAUCACUGUCCAAAAAAUCUUAAUUUCAUACACUUCAUGCAUUAUUUGUCUAUCUUGCUAUCUUGCAUAAUAUUAUAACCAUUGCUGUAAUCAGUGCUUUAAAAUAAUAGAUUUCUACAAAGAUGUUUUCACCCAUCUAUGUGAUUCUUUUAGCAAAUUCCAAAGAUUUGUUUAAUGCCAGUGAACUAAAAUACUUUUGUUUUUAUAUGGACAGAAAACAAGCGGACAGUUGGAAAUAUCCUUGUUUCUAUUGUGGUUUGCACCAACUACUUCAUUGUGCAAAAUGAAAUACACCUCCCGUCCCAAGAAGAUACUAAUUUACAAUAUGCUUUUGUUUUCAUAAUGCGGAUAUAUUGGGUAUUCCCUGUUCACCAAAACUGAAGUUAUCAUUACAGGUGCAAUUAUUUUCAGACCACUUCAACAUUCAAGCUUUAAAAAAUGUGUUUCCCAUUAUUUUGUAGGAAGGUGAAAAAAGAAUUGUAUGAUUUAUGAAAGUAUUUUGAGAUUAAAAUGUUUCUAUAGAACUACAGUUUUCUAUUGUAAAUAUGUAAUUUAAUUUCUCAAAGACUUUUUCAAAAAAAAUUUUCCAUAGAGCAAUAUUUUAUAGAUACAAAUAAGAUCAUUAUGUUUAGAGCUCUAAAGUUAUAUGUAUUCAGAUAUUACAGAGUGGAUUUGUAUUUAAAAAAAUUUUAAAUUGUGGAACCCUUCUGAACCUUUUUUGUCUUUUGUAUUUUAAUUGGUUUAUUAUGAAAAUAAAUCAAGUACAACAUG